AUGUCCUCAAAACCCAUUCUUCAGCUCAACAGCUGCCUGGUGCGAGCUUACAAUGAAGGAGACGUUGAGUCUCUCGCCAAAACGGCAAACAACCCACGAGUAGCGCGAUGGAUGACCAACGCAUUCCCGCAGCCAUACACUGUCGAAGAUGCCAAGAAAUGGAUCUCCAUCGCCAAUGUCCCAUCCCCUAUUCGCGACUUUGCGAUCUGCCGGCUGGACGGCUUAGCCGUCAUCGGCGGCAUCGGCCUCAAACCGCGAGACGACAUCCACUACCGUACCAUGGAGAUUGGCUACUGGUUAUGUGAAGACUAUUGGCAUCAAGGCAUCGCAACAGAAGUUGUCACUGCCUUCUCCAACUGGGCCUUUGGAAACUUUAAGCACUUGCUGCGGCUGGAAGCCGUAGUCUUUGAGGGGAAUCCGGCAAGCGGUCACGUACUUAUCAAAUCCGGCUUUCAGUUUGAAUCGAGACAGAGAGCGGCGGUCGAGAAGUUGGGUAGGGUCAUGGAUACCUUGACGUACACCAAGUUUGCAACGGGAAACGGCAGAAGGUUGACGAAACAACAUGCAGAGCCGAGAUGCCGAGAAAUAGAAACAGUCCCAAGGAUGGCAUUUGUCAAGUUGAUUUGA